UCAUCUCUGCAGCCAUGCUAUGGUCUCCUCAGGUAUUGUCCCACCAACUAUAAGUCUGAUAGACUUGAAUUCACAACUUAUCAAGCUCUCUGCAGAAACUUUCUUACCUUGCAGUGUGGCCAUGCUGCUUUGUUGGCAGGUAGCAUCCUUGGCUGUAUCAGCAAAGACUUUAUAUUGGAUGAUGAGGUUUAUCCUGGCCCUUCAAAUGAUGUUUUCAAAACUGGGCUUUCCUUUGUAGCAGAUGCAGAAUCAGCACCUACUUUUUGGGAUGAUGCUUUGACUGAUGAUGAAAUCAACCUGCUCUGUGGUGUCUACAAAGUAGACACAGGUAAGUGCUUGUAA